CCAGUGGGUCAUGUGACGCCAAGAUGGCUGCCCGGUGGCGGCGCUCCUGAGGGAAGUGGCGGGUCCCGGGUGGUGGUGGCGGCGUGGGGCGUAGGGCGUAGGGCAUCCCCGCGUGGCUGUUGAGCGAAGCGCUGCCCCUCAGGCUCCGUGAGCGUGUGAGGGGGGAGCCAGGCCCGGGGGCGGCGAGGGCUGGGCCUUCCCGCCCGGGGCGGCGGGGAGAGCCGAGGCCUGGCAUGGGCCGGGACAGCUGCCUCCGCGGAGCUCUGUCGUAGUGGCGCCUCCUGGGCGCGGGGAAGGCUUUGCUCGUCCAUGCCGUUCACCCCCACCCGGAAAUAUGAUCAGCGCCCCCGACGUAGUGGCCUUCACCAAAGAGGAGGAGUUGGAGGAGGAGGCGUACGACGAGCCGCCUCUGCCUGAGGAAUACUCCGUGCCCCUCUACCCCUUCGCCACCUAUGGUGCCAAUCCCUGGUCCAAGCUCUCGGGCUCCAAGUUCCCCCGGGACUUCAUCCUCAUCUCCGAGUUCUCCGAACAAGUGGGACCCCAGCCCUUGCUGACCAUCCCAGAUGACACCAAAGUGUCCGGUACGUUUGAUCUCAAUUAUUUCUCCCUCCGCAUCAUGUCUGUGGAUUAUCAGGCCUCCUUUGUGGGGCACCCGCCAGGGUGCGCCUACCCAAAGUUGAACUUUGUGGAGGACUCCAAAGUGGUCCUGGGAGAUUCAAAAGAAGGAGCUUUUGCCUACGUGCACCACCUGACUCUCUAUGACCUUGAAGCAAGGGGCUUUGUGAGGCCUUUCUGCAUGGCCUACAUUUCCACCGAUGAGCACAAAAUCAUGCAGCAGUUCCAGGAGCUCUCUGCAGAGUUCUCCAAAGCCUCUGAGUGCUUAAAGACAGGUAACAGGAAAGCUUUUGCUAAUGAACUUGAAAAGAAGCUGAAAGACCUUGACUAUACUAGGACUGUGCUGCACAAUGAAACGGAGAUUCAGAAGAAAGCCAAUGACAAAGGGUAUUACACUACCCAGGCUAUCGAGAAAGCGAACGAACUAGCCAGUGUCGAAAAAUUGAUUAUUGAGCACCAAGACUUGCUGAAGCAAAUCAGGUCAUAUCCUUAUCGAAAACUGAAGGAUUCUGAUUUCCAUCCAUACGAGCCAGAGUGUGCCCCGGAUCAAGCGAAUGCAAGUUUUGAUCUGGACUCAACUACCUCCCACCAUGAUGAGCCUGGUGAAACGCAUGUAUAUGCACGGUUGCCACCCUACACCCCUAAGCUCAUCAAAGCAAAGUCUGCCAAAUGUUUUGACAAGAAACUAAAAACCCUGGAGGAGCUCUGUGACAUUUAUUUUUUCACCCAAACUCUCGAUCAGCUGAAUCAGAUAGAGCGAACUUUCAGAGGUGAUGUCUGCUACCUCUUGACAAAUCAGAUCAACAGAGCACUUUUAAAGCAGCAAACUAUAGUAAACUUCCUGUUUGAAGAUGUGUCUGUCCUAGAUGAGAAGCCAGCUGAAAAACACCCUGUUGGUUGUCAGGGUUGUCCUCAGGACACUCUCAACACCAAGAGUUUAGAAGAGUUUCCCAUCCCAAAAGUGCUGAUCAGCCUGGGAUCUUACAAGUCAAGUGUGGAGUCUGUGCCCAUCAAGAUGGAUCCAGAGAUGGAAGAUCCUCAGGAGCUAAAAGUGAGCGAUCCUCCUGCUGAGGACCACCAGGAAAACUUGGAGUACCUGGAUGCAGAUAUUAAAGGGAGCAUCAGCAGUGGGGAGAGCAUCGAGGUUUUGGGAACAGAAAAGUCUGCUUCUGUUCUGACCAAAUCUGAGAGCCAGGCCAGCUUGCCCAUCAGUUCAAGCCCCCACAUGGUUAGAAACAAAGCAGUCAGCGGAAGAACCAUCAGUGAGGACAGCAUUGAAGUCCUGAGCACGUGUCCCUCAGAAUCUCUGAUUCCGGAAGAUUUUAAAGCAAGCUACCCAAGUGCCAUUAAUGAGGAAACUUAUGCAGAUGAGGAAGAGGGAGGUAUUCACUUCAGCCCAAGUUUAAGUCCUGAUAAUUUUGAAGAGAGGGAAGGCAGGUCAGAACAGGAGCACUUGCUGCAGGUGGAUUCUGCCUGUUGUAUUGGGAAAGAGAGUCCUAGCUUCCUAGAGCCUCUGCCUGACCUGGGACGAAAGCACUGUGAUGACGAUGGUGUGGUCAGCAUUCCCCCGCAGCCAUACAGGCAGGCAGACCAGGGCCUUCACGUGAACUUCUCAGACUACUUGUCCCACGAUGGUGUCCCUGGGGGACUCCUCUCGUACGAACCCAAUUCCCAUUACUUACUGAACAGCCGAGAUGUCAGUAAAAUUAGCUUGGAUGAAUGCUCUGACUCCACAAGCUACAUGAGCAGCGCAGCUUCCACGUGCUCUGAUCGGACUCCUUCUCCUGCCCAUCCUAUCAGUCACUUCAGCGAAAGGCACAAAAAAAAAGCCGGCCAGAAUGCCUUGAGGUUCAUUAGGCAAUACCCCUUUGCUCACCCUGCUAUAUACUCUCUGCUCAGCGGGAGGACACUGGUAGUCCUGGGAGAAGACGAAGCAAUAGUAAAGAAACUGGUCACUGCUCUUUCCAUCUUCGUUCCAAAUUGCAGCGCAUACACCAAGCCCGUGAAGCACUGGGUCACUUCCCCUUUGCAUAUUGUGGAUUUCCAGAAGUGGAAGCUGAUUGGGCUGCAGAGAGUGGGGUCCCCUGCUGGAGCUAGCAUGCUGCACUCCCUGACUCGCUACAGCCGCUAUGUGAGCAUCCUGGAUGCCGACAGCAAGACUCUGCGCUGCCCCCUUUACAAGGGGACGCUGGUGCCCCGGCUGGCUGACCACCGCACACAGAUCAAGCGGGGAAGCACCUACUACAUGCAAGUUCAAGGCGCCCUCACCCAGCUGUGCUCAAAAGCCUUCCUGUAUGCCUUCUGCCACCACCUGCACUUGCCCAUCAAUGAGGCGGAGGCAGAGGAGUCCAUCGCGAGCCGCCGCAUGAACUUCCUGAAACUCCAGCUAGGGUUGGUGAAUGAAGACAUCAAAAUUGUGCAGUACCUGGCAGAGCUGCUGAAACUGCAGUACCUUCAGGAGCCUGGCAGGGGUGCCACCCCCCAGCUGCGGUUUGACUACGUCCCCAGCUUUUUGUACAAAAUCUAACGGCCUCUGGGCGGCGAGGCUACCUCCACCGAUUCUGGCACGGGUCCUCUGCGCUUAACAGCGAUGCUCUUCGCAGAUCCCUGAUGCAUUGGGGGAGGACACAGGACAGCUGGUGUGCGUGCACACAGGAGUCCCUGCUAAUCUGAGCACUGGGAGAAUCCUGCAUGGUUUCCUGGGGCUGAGAACUAGAAUGUGUCCUACCCCAUCAGCCACGAGAUCUCAAAUGGAUUGGCCAUUCCAUCUUUCAAUGCUAAAGGGACGCUGUCAGCUUGCAAACCUGUGCACUAAUGACACCGUGCCCUCCAGCCCUUAGCUGGGAGGCAUGGGGAAACCCACUGUCAUAUUGGGGCGGGUGUGAAUAGCAGGGGGCUGUCCCCCCUGCUGAUAGGAUCCUCUUCACUCAUGCUCACACUAUGCAUGUUCUUGUGACAUCAGCGAAAGCCUAAUAUGUUUUAAAAAGCCAGGUGGGUUUUGAUUGUAUUUUGCUGCCUACCAACAGCAAAUAUAAUGUCCUGCCAAUGUUGGGGGUGGGUGGGGAGGAACUUGACUCAAACCUUGCCACUGGGAUCAAGGCUUGAAAGUAUCUGUUCGCAUUAAGGAAUAGUUCAAUGUCCCUCUUGCGUCUUCUUAGCUCAUUAGCUCAUUAACAGUUUCUGGAAUUGCUCCCCAUUGAGCCUGUCGCAGGGAGAUCAAAGCGUGCAUGUUUCUGUUCCCCAGAGUUUUCUGGUUGCUCAGCUUUGCUGGAAGGACAGGUCAGCAGUGUGUCCCUGAUGGCUAGGUGACACAGCGGCCUACCCUGUUGGCACGAAUGUAGAGCACCAUGCCUUGUUUGUUUGCAACAUGCUCGUGGCUUGAGGCUUGGAUUGCAGGGUGGUGGGAGGGAUGGGGAGGCCUGCGAGUCUUUAAAGCUGGCUGAGAUUUUAGCAGCACCAGAGCAGGGUUGCCUUUAGGGACAGGUAAUAGGCAUGGGGGCUCAAGCCUGGCGACCCGGUAGGUGUUCCAGUGUCUUACAGGGAACGACGGGGCAAUUUGCCGAAAGAUGCACUGAGAGGGAGGGGGUGGGAUCAAGGAGCUUUGGGGCAGGGGCCCCAGCUUAUUGAAAAACUAGCGCUCAGGACAGGCCAGGCAUGAAUGUAACAGGUGACAUGUUUUAUCCUUUUGUAGCUGCUUGUUGGGGCCUGCGCUGUGCUUUAGGGGGAACAGGAGGUCCCCAGGCCAGCAGGCACUGCCUCCGCUCCACCUCCACCCUGGUUUGUUGUUGUUCAAUGCCAGGCCCUUGGAAUGUCUCCGCUACCUCUCCCAUGGCAUUUACCAGGCAUCUCCCUGUGGCACUGAUCAGACAGGGAGAGCUGGUCCCGUGUUGCUCUCUAUGCCAUUCCUCUCAGACUGCCGAGAGGACAGUGGUGCUGGCACAUCCAUGGGUUUGUUGUCAGCGCAUAAAGAUUCAUGCUGUGCUUUU